AUGGAGCAGGGGAAUGGGGAGGUGGAGAAAUCGGACGAGGAUGACGGUGAUUUGGAGCGCUGCGGCUUCUGCGUGGUGCUCUUUUACCUCUACUCCGAGGACCUGCCGGCCACCCUGGGCCUGGACGGCGUGGAGGCUGUGCGCGCCGCCCACGAGGCGCUCUGCGGGCUCUUCGGCCUGGACGGCCGACUGCGGGUGUCCCGGGAGGGGCUCAACGGCAACCUCACGGCCCCGCGGGCCAGUGCCACGAGUAUUGUGCCUUCCUCCUGGGUGGGGAGGCCCAGGAGUCGCCAGCGCCGUUGCCAGCGGAGGUCGGGCCGUUGCGGGGGUCCGCACCGUCGUGCGACUUCAAGAUCGCGCCUUGCGAGCAGGAGCAGUGCUUCAAGGGCCUCAAGGUAUGGGUUGCCAACGAGGUGA